AAUCGAGAAUGGUUGGCAUCAGCUAAGACGACGGUAGAAGACGUCGAUCAACGUGAAGCCCUAACAGAGGUCACCGGCGAUAUUGGUCUACGCGUCGGAGAAAUGGUUGGGGCGCAACCCGAGAGAGAGGACCGAGUUUCUUUGGAACUCUCUGAAGAAAUUCUUCAGAGCAUGGAACCUGGCGCCGUUUUCAGAGACUAUAAUUGCAGGAUCAGCUCGAUUGACUUUCACAAAACUUCGAGUUAUAUGGUGACUGCUAGCGACGAUGACUCAAUUCGUCUCUAUGAUGUUGCAAGCGCUACGUGUCUGAAGACAAUUAAUAGCAAAAAGUAUGGGGUUGAUCUUGUUUGCUUCACUUCGCAACCUACUACUGUCAUCUACUCUUCCAGAAACGGAUGGGACGACUCUCUGCGGCUUCUCUCUUUGCACGAUAACAAGUACCUGCGCUACUUCAAAGGACAUCAUGACAGAGUUGUUUCGCUUAGCUUGUGUUCUGGUGGGGAGUGCUUCAUCUCCGGUUCUCUUGAUCGAACUGUUUUGCUUUGGGAUCAAAGGGUGGAGAAAUGCCAGGGUCUCUUACGAGUCCAAGGAAGGCCCGCUGCAGCAUAUGAUGAUCAAGGGUUAGUUUUUGCAAUUGCCUUUGGUGGCUACAUUAGAAUGUUUGAUGCCCGUAUGUACGAAAAGGGUCCUUUUGAAAUAUUUUCUGUUGGUGGUGAUCUUUCUGAGGCAAACGUUGUGAAAUUUAGUAAUGAUGGAAGGCUAAUGCUGCUUACAACCAUGGAUGGCCAUAUUCAUGUGCUUGACUCGUUUCGUGGAACACUUCUAUCCACAUAUAGUGUGAAACCAGUAGCUGAAGAAUCCACAUUGGAUGCAACCUUCAGCCCUGAAGGGAUAUUUGUUGUUUCAGGUUCAGGAGACGGUAGUACCCAUGCAUGGGGUGUAAGGAGCGGAAAACAGGUUCAUAGUUGGAUGAGUCAUGGCAGUGAAGCACCCCCAGUCAUAAAAUGGGCUCCAGGAAGUCCCAUGUUUGUCACAGGCUCUUCUGAACUUGCUUUUGUUAUUCCUGACUUAUCUAAAUUGCCAGCUUAUGCCAUCCGGAAAUAGGAUCAAUCAGGACGACUUUCACUGUUGCAAUGUGAUCUCAUGCUCGACGCUCUGGCCAUGUACAUGACGGAAUUUGCUUCUCUGCUGAAGUUGUUCGUCUCGUAACUUAUUAUUGCUUCACUCGCUCUCAUUGUAAAUUUAACGAUUGGUCUACCCUAUAGAUAGAGCAAAUACCCCCCCCCCCCCC